AGCAGGUGACGCUGGGCCUGCGUUGCCUUGGCAAGCGACCAUGGAUCCCAUGGUAUUCCUUUUCUUGGUGUUGAAAAGCCUCAUCCAGUACCCACAGCCCGUGGCUGACGGUUUGGAUGAGGAAACACGUCUGCGCAUGGAAGCGCGUGCCAAGCUCCUGGAAUGGGAGAGGCUUCAGUUGGAGCAGGAGGUGGAACAGCUCACCCAGGAGCAGGGGAAGCAGGUGCAGCUCUUGCAGCUCUUAGCUGUUGCUGUGCUCCUGGCCCUUGUCUUGCUCCUCUGGUUCAUUGGGUGGAAAAGCAGCCAGAGGAGAGAGGAGGAUGAAGAAGAAAACCAUGGUGCCAAUGAAGAGGAAGUGCGCAACGUUGGGGCAAAUGAAGAAGACAAUGUUGGACAUGAACAUAUCAAUGCGGCUGCAAUUGCAGAAAACAACGAUGAUGUUGCAAAUGAAGUCCAAGACGAAAAUUAUGAUUUGGACAAUCAGGUUGGACAAGUUAUAAUGGAGCGCAUCCAGUGGCCUGUACAAGACCUGCAGAGAGGCUGUGAGUGGACAACUCAGCUCAUGGAUAAUUAUACAAUUUUCUUUGGGCAUGUCUUGUCCAACAGCUUCUACCCAGUCCUGCAACGAGCCAUCGGGGUGGGCAGUGCCUUUGAAGGCUGGAGUCCCCGUGAGCAGGAUGUCGUCUACAGCGUGCUCAUCCCCAUGACUCCUCCCCGAGGCCACAGCUUCCACCUGGAGCUGGAGAGUGAAGAGCAGAGGCACGUGAGGAACUUCCGUGUCCGCGUGCAGCUGGAAUGCACCUGCAGCAGGGAGCAGCAGGCUGAGGACAUGCUGUGUUUCCUGCACCACCCCGAGGAGGAGCUGAGGAGCAAUCAGGAACCCAGCCUCCUAGACACCCUGUGCACCGGCUCCUACCUCGAUGUGCAGAAAACUGCCCUCUGGUUCCACCAGUUGGUGAGAGCAGUCUGGCCAGCUUUGCCUCAGUCUCACAACUGGCUUUUAACACUGCUGCCCUCCACACGCUCCUGCCAGCUCAAGGUGACCUACGGCAAGGAAAUCUUCAGGAUUGAGAUGCUCUUCGGGGUGCGGAGAGGUGACUCAGCCGUCUUUGUGUGCAGCCAGCCCAGAGAGGCCUACACAGCAAACACAACCUGGCCCGAGUCGUACGCUGUGGCAGAGGUUGAGUUCUUCCAGCACAUUGCCAGGCAGGCCCCCCCUGACAGCCUGCACCUCAAAUGCCUGCAGUUCUUCACCCGUCUUCCGCUGGGCUUUGGCUUUUCCACCUACACCAUGAAGACCAUUGUCAUGCACCUGCUCAAUAUCAAAACCGUCUCAGCGUGGCGCAGGAGGAACCUCCUGGAACGAAUGCUGGAUAUCAUCAACAGCCUGUACGUAUGUGUGCGAGCAAAAUGCCUCAACCACUUCAUUGUGGGCAACCAGAGGUUUCCUCAGGACAUCAAGUUACCCGCUGAUGUUCAAAGGGCUGAGCCAUACAAUGUCCUCCAUCGCCUGGAGCAGCAGCCGGAUGCCCACAGCCAUGCGCUCUAUGAGUACGACAUUCUAGAAAAGUGGUUCAAAAGAAUCCUUCUUGGUGAGGAUUGACCCAAUGAAGGGGAGGAGUCAUGGCUAUGAGCACAGAGCUGUGCUUGUGCUGCUUGCAGCUGGCAGGAGAGAGCCAAUUUGCAGUCCUCAUUUGGUGCUUUAAGGAGAAGUGGACGCCUGCAGAAUCUGUGGCGAAGGUCCCACUGCCUCUCUGCCGCCUCAGCAUGUGCAGGGCCACGGGCGGGUUUGUUCUACCUGCUUGCAUCUUUUCAUUUUCUAACACAGCCCCCAGACUGCAUUGAGCCCUGCUCGCCUAGGAACUGUCUCAGUGAUGAAAAAGCACAUGAAGAGAACACGUGCCGGGCCAAAGUCUACAAACCCUACCUGCGACUUGCAGUUUUUCCUGGCCGUUGAGAAGGACCAGAAUGUGGAGCAUGAAAGAAGUGGGCACGUGGGACAGGGAAAAGGAAAAAGAAACGGGAAAGAAAGACCAAGAAGAAAAAUCAGCACUGCUGGCCCAGGAUCAGUCAAUGGAUGGAUCCUCUCCUUCUUCCUGGAAGGGACACCUUUACAGCAGCAUUGGACCACCUGUGUUGGAGCUGACCUGAAAUUUUGUAUAUAGAGGAAUCUAGAUUUUUAUUUCAUAGGCAGAUAUAUUUUGUAUUCCUAUUGUAGGAUAUAAUAUUUAUAAAUUAUAUAUAGAAGUUAAUGACCAUAAUACAAAAUGUUAUACUAAAAUGAAUAAUAUGAAAUAUGCAAAAUAUGUUUUUAAGACAUCACGAUAAAAAGUAAUUUUAAAUAAUUGAAUAUGUAAUUAUGUGAAUAGUAAGAGUAGAGUACGUAUAUAGUGUCAGUAUCUGUUGUGACACAUAUUGUUGCUCUUAGCACGUUUAUGUCUGGAAGGUUUUCCAUAAAAUAGAGAUGUUUAAAACAAAUAUUAUAUACCUAGGAUAUAUACAUGCUUUAUAAAUGUUAUUUGAAUAUAUCUGUACAAUAUAUAUUAUAUGUUGCAUGCCUAUAAUAUAUUAUAUAUAUGAUAUAACUUUUAUACACAUGUAAAGACAUAUUUAGUCUCGCUAUCUGUUGUGAGCCAUAUUAAUGCUCUAGAGUUAGGGCAUUUAUGAGCAGCAAGCUGGAAACUGCUUUCCUCUUGUUUCAAUAAAAUGCAAUUCUGCAAAA